AUUCUCUAAUUCUUGGUGCAUCAAGAUGGAAACUGGUAGGCUUGGACUAUAUGUCCCUUUAAAAGUCUCCACUAACAAUACAAGAAUAUUUUUUCCAUACGCAGUGACGUGGGUGGGUCAUGGGUGUCUCAAUGACAGCAACGUUCCCGAGCCCCGGACCUUAGCUGUCAUUUCACCUGCGUCGUCCCGGACGCCAUUUGGCUAUUGACGUGGUUCUGAGCCAACAAAUAACGCCAGCAGCCCUCCCAGAUCCACGCCGGCCUAUCUCGCUCUCGGCCGACCCCCUCCUCUCAGUGGUUUCUCCUGCAGCUCCCCUGGGCUCUGCGGCCAGUAGUGCAGCCCAGCUUCGCCCCUCUCCUCUGGGUGGCCCCAGUGCGCGGGCUGACACUCAUUCAGCCCAGGAAGGUGAGGCGAGUGGAGGCUAGUGCGGAACUUGCCGCCCCCAGCAGCGCCGGCCGGCUAAGCCCAGGGCCGGGCAGACAAAAGAGGCCGCCCGCGUAGGAAGGUACCGCCAGCGGCGGCGAGCGCAGAGAUGGCGGGGCGAGGGGGCCGCGCGCUGCUGGCUCUGUGCGGGGCACUGGCCGCCUGCGGGUGGCUCCUGGGCGCCGAAGCCCAGGAGCCCGGGGCGCCAGCGGCGGGUAUGAGGCGACGCCGGCGGCUGCAGCAGGAGGACGGCAUCUCCUUCGAGUACCACCGCUACCCUGAGCUGCGCGAGGCGCUUGUGUCCGUGUGGCUGCAGUGCACCGCCAUCAGCAGGAUUUACACGGUGGGGCGCAGCUUCGAGGGCCGGGAGCUCCUGGUCAUCGAGCUGUCCGACAACCCUGGCGUCCAUGAGCCUGGUGAGCCGGAAUUUAAAUACAUUGGGAAUAUGCAUGGGAAUGAGGCUGUUGGACGGGAACUGCUCAUUUUCUUGGCCCAGUACCUAUGCAAUGAAUACCAGAAGGGGAACGAGACAAUUGUCAACCUGAUCCACAAUACCCGCAUUCACAUCAUGCCUUCCCUGAACCCAGAUGGCUUUGAGAAGGCAGCAUCUCAGCCUGGUGAGCUCAAGGACUGGUUUGUGGGUCGAAGCAAUGCCCAGGGAAUAGACCUGAACCGGAACUUUCCAGACCUGGAUAGGAUAGUGUACGUGAAUGAGAAAGAAGGUGGUCCAAAUAAUCAUCUGUUGAAAAAUAUGAAGAAAAUUGUGGAUCAAAAUACAAAGCUUGCUCCUGAGACCAAGGCUGUCAUUCACUGGAUUAUGGAUAUUCCUUUUGUACUCUCUGCCAAUCUCCAUGGAGGAGACCUUGUGGCCAAUUAUCCAUAUGAUGAGACUCGGAGUGGUAGUGCUCAUGAAUACAGCUCCUCCCCAGAUGAUGCCAUUUUCCAAAGCUUGGCCCGGGCAUACUCUUCUUUCAACCCAGCCAUGUCUGACCCCAAUCGGCCACCAUGUCGUAAGAAUGACGAUGACAGCAGCUUUGUAGAUGGAACCACCAAUGGUGGUGCUUGGUACAGUGUACCUGGAGGGAUGCAAGACUUCAAUUACCUUAGCAGCAACUGUUUUGAGAUCACUGUGGAGCUUAGCUGUGAGAAGUUCCCACCUGAAGAGACUCUGAAGACCUACUGGGAGGAUAACAAAAACUCCCUCAUUAGCUACCUCGAACAGAUACACCGAGGAGUUAAAGGAUUUGUCCGAGACCUUCAAGGUAAUCCAAUUGCCAAUGCCACCAUCUCCGUGGAAGGAAUAGACCACGAUGUUACAUCCGCAAAGGAUGGUGAUUACUGGAGACUGCUUAUACCUGGAAACUAUAAACUGACAGCCUCAGCUCCAGGUUAUCUGGCAAUAACAAAGAAAGUGGCAGUUCCUUAUAGCCCUGCUGUUGGGGUUGAUUUUGAACUGGAGUCAUUUUCUGAAAGGAAAGAAGAGGAGAAGGAAGAACUGAUGGAAUGGUGGAAAAUGAUGUCAGAAACUUUGAAUUUUUAAAAAGGCUUCUAGUUAGCUGCUUUAAGUCUAUCUAUACAAUGUAGUAUGAUGUAAUGUGGUCAAUUUUUUUUUAGAUUUUGUGCAGUUAAUACUUAACAUUGAUUUAUUUUUUAAUCAUUUAAAUAUUAAUCAACAUUACUUAAAAUAAAUAGGCUCUUAGGUAAAAAUAUAAGAACUUGAUCUAUUUCAUUCUCUUAUAUAGUAUUCAUUUUCCUAUAUAUACUACACAAAAAGUAUAGAAAAGAUUUAGGCAAUUUUGCCAUCCUAAGCUUAAAUGCAAUAUUCCUGGUAUUAUUUACAAUGCAGAACUUUUUGACUAAUUCUAGCUUUUAAAAAUUAGUGAAGUUAUUUUACAUUGGCGACAGUGUCACAUAAUGGAUGCUAUUGAAAAGGUUAACAGAUACAGCUCAGAGUUGUGAGCACUCUUCUGCAAGGCCUAAAUAGUUCGGUAGAAAUUAUCAUUUUUUUCUUGUGCUGACUAACUGUAAGCAUGAUCUUGUUAAUGCAUUUUUGAUGGAAGGAAAAGAUACAUAUUUACAAAGAGGUUUUAUGAAAAGAAUAAAAAUCGACUUCUCGCUUGUACAUAUAGGGUCAACACUAUUAUAUUAUUUAGUCUCUUAACACUACCUAAAAUUUAGGGUUUUCUCUUGGUUGUAGAGUGGCCCGGAAUUGCAUUCUGAAUGAAUAAAGGUUUAAAAAAAUC